GUUUAUUCAGUAACAUAACCAAUAAAUUGUUUACCGGAUUGUAUUUUUUGUUAAGUAAUUUGUAAAUAAAUAAAUAAUUGUUUUUUGACAAGAUGUCAACUAGAUGGUAUCGCAUUUACCAAAAAGGAAAUCCCCAGCUGCGGGUAUUUCUUCCCAACUUCUGGAUGAAACUUGUAAAACCUCAAUUCAAAGAGUUAGUACCUAACCAAUUAGAAUUUCACGUUUCGAUGGAAAUGACCAAGCACGACGUGAAAAACUACCUCCAAAAAAUUUACAAUCUCCCAGCGCUUGACGUCAGAACUCGAAUCAAAAUGGGAAGAUUCAGGAGAUGUCCUGAUGGUGGUUACAUCGUCAAGGAUGACGAUAUCAAAGUCGCCUACGCUAUUAUGCCCAAAGACUUCAAGUUUGAGUUUCCGGACAUAUUAAAACAAGAAGAGAAGAAAAAGGAGGAAAAGAUUGAUAAACGAACUGUCGAUGAAAUGAAAAACGGAUACCAAGCCUUCCUCAAGCACAACAAUAAACCUGGAGUUCCUGGAUGGUUCAGUUUCUAACUUUAUAGACCUUAAUGUAUAUUUAAUGAUUAAAUAAAUAAAUAAAUAUCUGUUUUGAAUAUGAAAAUAAA